AUCGGAUAACAUUCAUUGUAUCACCUCAAUCCAUAUUGCUUUUGAUAUAUUUCUCGCGCUUUGGGUUGUAGAGUAUAGGUGUAUGCAAUCGUUUGAGUAAUAGAGCGAAGAUUGGAAUACGCAAAAAAAAGAUGUCUAGUUACGACACGCAACUCCAUGACUUUGGGUCUCUUUUUUCGCUAAAGGGGAAGAUCGCGGUGGUUACUGGGGGAUCGAGAGGAUUGGGAUUACAUGCUGCUUCUGCUUUCCUCCAAGCCGGCUGCUCCCUCGUUUACAUCACAUCCCGAAAAGCUUCCGCCUGCGAAGCCGCUGUCUCAACUCUCAAUUCCCUUCCCAAUCUCUCUCCGGGCGCAAAAGCCAUUUCCGUCCCCGCAGACAUAUCAACUAUUGAAGGUAUCCAGCAUCUGGUAUCCGAAGUAUCAAAAACCACAGAUCAUAUCGAUAUCUUAUUUGCAAAUGCGGGAGCCACGUGGGGAGAGAAAUUCGAUACUCAUCCCGAUGAUGCGUUUGCGAAAGUGAUGAAUCUAAACGUCAAGAGUGUUUUUGGAACGGUGAGAUUAUUCGCACCUCUCCUUCAAGCGCGCGCCAGCGCUUCAGAACCCUCCCGUGUAAUUGUAACGGCCUCCGUCGCCGGUCUCGCCGUCGCUCUCCCAGGUCCCAACUCCGCAAUCGGGUAUUCUGCUUCUAAAGCUGCGGCAAUCCAUCUCACCAAGAAUCUCGCUGUCGAACUCGGUCCCCGUCAUAUUCUUUGCAAUGCCAUUUCUCCCGGAUUCUUUCCAUCGAAAAUGGCCAAUGCGCAUAUGGAGUCUAAAGGGGGAGUUGCGAAGCUGGCUAAAGCAGUGCCGGAUAGGAGAUUGGGGAAACCGGAGGAUAUUGCUGGCGCGGUGGUUUUCUUGGCUAGUAGGGCAGGAAGCCAUGUUAACGGGGCUAACUUGGUGGUUGAUGGGGGGGAAGUGUUAAGUAGAGGUGAAGCAAUUGACGAGGGUGGGGAGAAAGCGAAACUUUAGGUUGGGAGCUUCAGAUUUGUGGUUUGCAAUUUGAAUAUUAGAGCUCGCAUUUAGAGCACUGGGACAUACCUUGAAGUGUUGGGUAGAUGUAGUAUAUCUAUAAGUUUGAAAAAAAAAGUAGGCAUUUCAUCUCAAGUAGAAUAUAAAUUUGGAUAAAGAAAUAAAUUACGAGUAGUAACACCAGAUAGCAAACAAAACCCGACAUAAAAAAGCUACCACCUGUCAUGUCUUGCUCAUAAUGGGUAUCCGAUUCAUGAAAAUUAUGCCAAAGAAAAAUCUCUGCCAAAAAGAAAUAA